AAUGGACGGCCACCAAAGCCUUGUUGCUCUUCUUCUGAGACUGGACCCUUGCCCACCAAAAAGUCUACCCCGACCACGUUGAUCAAUUCCUCACGCUGAUUCGUCCAACACCAAAUAGAGCACGCGACCAUUUCCUCGAUGAUGCUUGGUCCAUGAAAUCGCAUCCCUUUAACCUGGUUGCUCUAGGAUAAAGUUGGGCAAAGCCUGAGAUAGUCUGCUGCUCAUUGCGCUGGAUUGGAGGGAAGAAGCGGGUUCGAACGUGAAACUCGUUGGCUAGGCGUUGCGUGUUCGUGUCUGCAUGUGCAUCUUCCGUUUGGUUCAUCUAUUGUCGUUGGAGCAUGUAUGGUACUGUAUCCGUAGGCUGAUCUUGGUGACCGAUUUAAUGUCUUUUGCCCCCAUGCCCGUACCUUUAUCUUGACUCUCAAACGAGACUGGAACUUGACUGCCUUUGAAACUCCCAUAUACGCUUUUCCUCAAAACUUCAGGAUAGCCAUAGUGGUUUUAUCUCUCUCUUUAUUUAUACUUCUCUUGAAUACUCCCUUGACUUUGACACUGACCAACUUGUUCGAUUGGCCAUCAUUCGCGAAGAGCAACCAAGUAUCAUCGCUGCCUUUUGAGGACGAGUUCAGAUUCCACGAUUCCAGGAUGCCUCGACCAGGCCUUCCUCUCACACCUGGUUCUUCAUCUGAUAUCAAAGGCAAGGACGGAACUCAACAGCUUUCCUCAUUUCAGCUGUCUUUUGAAUUGCCGCCUCCAGCAAUCCAUGAUGCUUCCCGCAUAUCGCCGACCAUGUCGUCUCAGGUCUCACCAACAGAUACAAAAUCGCACCGACUCACUACAACAUCCCCAGGAGCAAUAUAUCCAAUGCAGCCUGCCGAGACAGUGAAGGCACGCCGCCGUUCCUCUACUGCGAAAGACCAAAAGGACAAUUCAUUUGCCCUGCCGCCUCCACCAACGAGAUCACGCAAAAUCAUUCAGAUGAAGCCCCGGCAGGAUGGUAAUGGUGACAACGGUGGCAGCAAAGAUAAGGCGAAGACGACCAGCAAGAAUUCUGCAUCAGCAAAAACAGCCACGGCAGCCAACCUCAAGACAAUAGCGUCAGAAAAAGGAGAUGCGGCCGCGGACGAUAAGGCGAAGAAGAAGCAACCGAGUGCUACAAGCGCAGCAGGUCGAAAAAUUGCCAGGAAAACCGCACAUAGUUUGAUCGAGCGUCGAAGGCGGAGUAAGAUGAACGAGGAGUUUGCUGUGCUCAAAGGAAUGAUCCCGGCUUGUACAGGAGACAUGCAUAAGUUGUCGAUCCUACAGGCGUCAAUCGAGUAUAUUCGAUACCUGGAGGAUUGCAUCUCCAAGCUGAAAGCACAACAGGAGGAAGAUAAUGGCCAGACCGAGUCCGGGCGGCAAACACCCACAGGACGCGACCGUUUGCCGUCUAUUCGUGAAUUUCACCCGACUUUUCAAGAAGACCCAGUCGGUGACGAAGAUGUCGAGAUGGAGGACUCCGAUGUCACGUCGCCCGCCUUGACUGCAAUGUCAGAUCGUAACCCUCGCCACCCAUCAGUGUCUCCUGCUCUCCCGCCUCAGGAUUCCCGCAACAGGGCGCAAUCAUAUUCUUCUGUAUCAACCGACCAUCGGCGUUAUAGUUACAGCGUUUCUGCUGGCACAUCUCCAGCAUUUGGCCCACAGAUAUAUGGUGCGCCACAUUAUGCCCGCAGCGAUGCCUCAGCACCUGGAUCAGCGUUGGCGAGCCCGGCUCUCGGCCCCCAGAGCGAACUCGAUCAAGAGGCCAUGGCUGCAUUGCUGAUGCUGAACAACGAUCGUCGUGACUCUAAAGGCCGAGGGCUUUCAGUGCGUGAUCUUCUCAGCACAUAAGGGUCAUGGUACCCAGCCAAGUCAUGGGGGUGUUCAAGCUGGGUUAAGAACGUAUCUGCCACAAAAACCCUGCCUUUCUUUUGCAUUGACGCAGAGCACCUGGAAGGGCUGCGAGAGAUUCAAUGUUGCUCUUAAGAGUCGAAGGGGGCAGAUCAUAUUGACUUCGUCUGCGUGUUCAGGGGAACCACAGAUCUAAUCAAAAGCCAAAGGAAAAUCAAGACGUGUAUCUAUUGUGUUGUUUUAGGCGUGGCGCGAUGAGAAAGUGGAAUAGUAGAUCAUGGUGGGAAACCAGGGCUGGUUCGCUCUUUGCAAGGAGUUGGGAGAAUAGGUAAUGUGGGGGUUGUUCUGAUGUUGAUGCGUUCUUGCCGGACCGUUUUAGACGACUCGCAUUAUUCAAUAAUCACUUCUUAACACAACCUGAGUCUGCAACGAAGAAGUACGUAUUAUGAUAAUUAUAUAUUCCACAUCAUUCAGAAAUAUGAAUAAUAUGAACUAUGU